AUGAACAACAUUCUGCAUUUUGAUAUUGUUUCCAAUGCAAGGCUUUCGGCUUUGCCUUAUCUAACUGCUUGGAUAGCAGGUAUUCUCAUAAGUAUUUUCGCGGAUUGGAUACUUGCUAAAGGAUGGAUUUCCCGGCUCAACAGUAUGAAAUUAUGGAACACUGUUGCCGCGUUCGUACCAGCAUUGGGCCUUUUGGGGAUCGCGUGGGCCGGUUGCGAUCGUGUGGCGGUUAUGUUACUGCUCAGCAUCACAUCCGCUUUCGGCGGUGCCGUAUAUGCUGGCAACCAAAUGAAUCACAUCGAUCUGUCGCCUCAAUUCGCGGGCACCAUGUACGGGAUCACGAACGCCGCGAGCAACAUUUGUGGCUUCCUGGCGCCUUACGUCAUUGGCCAAAUCAUAUCGCCCGAACAGCAAACAUUGGGACAGUGGCGGGAAGUGUUCUACUUGGCCGCAGCGAUAGAUCUGGGCGCCAACCUUUUCUAUUUGUUCUUUGCGAGCACCGAAGAGCAGGAUUGGUCGCUGGCUGACAACGACGACAUGACCGCCUCGGCGCCUGUCGAGAGUAUUCUAUUCCCGGAAACG